UAUCACACAUUCAACAUCCUUCUCAUGGCAUGAAACAAACAGCACCCUCAAAAUUGACCAAUCACAACCCAUCAGCAUAACCUUAAAUUGUGGCCAAUUUUGAUUGAGUGAUAUGAAACAAAUAAGGUCUGCAUCAGUUGUGAUUGGCUCAUUUCAAGAGCAUGCCUAAAGACAAUGUUGAAAGAUGUGCAUAAUGCAUGUAACUCUGAAUUAGACCAUGCAAACAUCAUUAUUAGUUAACACCUGUUGACUCGAACCUUGAUCUUCACCUUUUCAAAAUGAGUGUAUUCUUGACUGGUUAAACAUUCGGAUAAUCAAUUCAUUGAUGCACUCUUGGAGUCUGUUAUUGAGAUUUUAGAAAGUCACAUCAUGUCAUUUUUUUGUUAUAGUUAAAAAACCGAUUUAUGAUUUGUUAUUCGUCUAACUUACUUUAUCAUGGCUGCUCUUCCACAUGUUCUUGGGGAGAAGAAGUCAGCCAAACACCAGCCAGGUGUUAACUUUUGGAAAAUUGUGCCGAAUGAUUCUGAAGUGGAUGCCAAUGGAGAGGUUGAGGUGACAACAGCACCUCGCCUUAUUUCAACUGGGGGAUAUUUUGAUGACAUCCAGUCAUUGAUGCUAGCAGCGGAAGGCAUGGUCGUGUGCAAAUUCAAGAAAUUUGAUAUUGUAAAUGGCAUUUUAAGCCUAAUAGGCAGCUACUUCUUAUUUAAUGCUGAUUACCCAAAGGGUCCAGGUGGCCAAAGCAAAAACACAUAUCUAUUUUUAGAGAAAAUUUUAUUGUCAAAUUUUACAAAGUAGAAUAAACCUGCACAGCUUCCGAUUGGUGUGCAAACGGUAGUAAUGCAGCUUAAGUAAUGCAUCAUCCUACUGUAACAUUAGUAUUAUCCCACUGUAACAAAUUACGGAGAUUCAUCAGUUUUCCAAGGAUAAGCAUUU